AUGGAUGAGAUCGAAGACGUCUCCUACGCCUGCUCCGUAGCGAGCUUCGAGAACAUUGGACAUCCCACACCAGCAACCAACCCCGCCGACGAAAAGGACAAUGCUGUUGUUUACACCACCAUCGCAGUCAACGAACACGGCAAAAUAACCUCCACCCACAACGGCAAACCCCCUCCCCCUUCCCCCCCUCCUACCAACCACCUUGAUCCCACCGCCCCCGUCAUGGAAAUCCUGACCACAAUCACCACCCCCUCCUCCCACAACAACCGCCAGCAAGCAGUGAUGAUGAACCUCCACCGCCCGCCAUCCUACCCCUACCGAACCCCCGACAUGGAAGACGAAGACAACGACCUCCCCCCCCCGGACCUCAUCCCCUCCAUGAUGGGCGACCUGCCUAACAAUGCUUUUGGUUUUGGUAAGAAAAAAGAAAUGGUAAUCCACUCCCCUUACCUCCGGUCUGCGCUUUCGGCUGUGGUGCAAUACUACCCCGGUUUUGAGGUCAUCCAACGGGGGACCGUGCUGAAGAUAGCGGAGCCUUACCAGGUGCUUGCGCAUCACUGGGGGGAGUUGGAGGAAUAUAAAACAUCUCAGCCGGACUGCCAUGAUGGGAGGUAUGCAGCCACUACGGCGGCACAUAUUGAUGUCCUCCUCACCUUCCUCGCCGAUCUCUACGGCCCCGGCUUAGAUGACGAGAAAAAACGCUGGGCAAAAGGCCGGACGACAUACAGCCGCUUCUGGUGCCUCCUCAAGCCGGGGAGUGUGGUGUACCGCGAGAAGGAUGGGGAGUGGACGGGGUGUGUGGUUUCCGGGAUUAACUUUCUACGAGCGGCUGGUUCGGUGGAAGGGGUGGGGAGUGAUGGGAUGUUGGUUUACAUGUGGGGGAUUGCCUACAAGAAGGGGCUGAUGAGACGGGAGAUGAUACAGAGGAUUAUUUGGCCUUGGGUGGGGGAGAGGGAUAUCACUUCCUUACCUGUGGUGCCUGAGAGAUGGGUGAAGGGUGGGGUGAGAGGACAGAGGGUCGAGAUGGGGAGACGGUAUUGGGGGUUGGCUGGGGGGGUUAGUUAUAGGGAGUACGAAGGGUACUUGGGAGGGGGGAGGACGAGGGGGAUGAUCAAGGGGAAGGUUAUUGUCGAUCCGGAGGGGUACGAGCGGUUUGCUGAGCAGUCGCCUCAUCACCGCAUUGCGACGCCCAAGUUUGCCCCUCGCUGGGAUCAGCAGCACACCCCGGCAAGACAGGACAGGUUACCGCAGAUGUUGUCACGGUGCAGCUGUGCUGUUUGCAGCAGUAGCCAGGAGAAGCAAGAGCCUAGUCCCUGGGCAGGGUUUGACGACCUCGACCCGAGAUCCUCACCCCUGCCCCGAAACGAGGAGUUAUAUUUCAUGGUCAUUGGGCCCUUGAUCCCAGCUUUUAUCCUCAAAGAACGCCGCUGGGCGCACAUCCGAACCUCCUCCCUGCAUCCCAUAACCCCCUCCCCCACCCCCUUCAACCACCUCGUCCUCGACCCAUCGACAAAACAAACCCUUAAAGCCGUGAUAACCCCCUUCUCCUCCCCCCUCUCUUCCCCUUCCCAAAUCUACCCCUGGCCAAGUGACAUAAUCCCCGACAAAGGCCUCGGCAGGAUCUUCCUCCUCCACGGCCCCCCAGGAGUGGGGAAAACCCUCACAGCAGAAGUCUCCUCCCUCCUCACCCGCCGCCCAUUACUCCCCCUCACCCCCGCCGACCUCCCCCCUUCUCCUUCGGAAAUCGAAACCUCGUUGUCAUACUACCUCACCCUGUCGGAACGCUUCGGCGCCCUAGUCCUCAUCGAUGAGGCAGACGUCUACCUUGAGCGUCGCCAAUCCAAAGAUCUCCGUCGUAACAGUCUUGUGUCGGUAUUCCUGCGGGCGCUGGAGUAUUACAAGGGGGUGAUGAUGCUCACGACGAACAGAGUGGAGAUGUUUGAUGAUGCUUUUACCAGUCGGAUUCACGUCGCGUUGCACUAUAAAGAACUGGAUGAGGAGCAGAGGGGGCGGGUUUGGGAGGUGGGGUUUGAUAGACUGGAACGGGAGAGUAAUGGGCGGGUGGUGGUUCACACAGCGGCGAGGGAGUGGGUUAAGGGGAAAGAGAUGAGGGAGUUGGGGUGGAACGGACGGGAGAUCAGGAACGGGCUUCAGACUGCUGUUGCGCUGGCGGAGUUUGAGGCAAACGAAAACGGGGUGGUGGGACGGGUGGUGGUGAAAGAGGGGCAUUUGAAAACGGUGGGGGGGUUGAGCAGGGGGUUUAGGGAGUAUAUGAGGGAGAGGAAGGGAGGGUUGGAAAACAGAGAAGACGAAGACGAAGACGAAGGCGAAGAGGAAGAGGAAGAGGAAGAGGAAGAGGAAGAGAAAGAGGGCGAUCCCAUCCAAAAACUACCAAUCGACCACCCCCUCCGACAGCCCGAGUACCAGUUCCAACUCUACCUUUUAGAACAGCAAUCUGUCAGGACACAGUGGCGGAUAAAGUUGAACAAGUCAAAAAACUCUCCCGCGAUGCUCAACGGGAGGGUGUAUGACGACUGGGAAGAGGAGUAUCACCAUCGUUAG